GAACAAUGGGUUGAUAGAAAAAAUUAUGAAAAAACAUCUGCUUUUAUUGAUGAAAAUCAAUCAUUACAAUUAUUUAUUGGUUUAAAUACUGUUCAAAUAUGGCGUAAAGUUACUGAUGAAUUCCAUGUUCUUGAAUAUAUUUGGAUGCUUAAGCAUGUUGAAAAGGAAAAUCACAAUUAUUUAAAAAUAAAGCAUUUGAGAGUUGGUUGUAGAAAAUUUGAACUGGAGGUUACUUGGGGUGAUAAUGAGAUCAGCAAAAAAAUCCAAUGGCCUUAUCCAGAUCAAUAUGUAACACCUAUAAGACAUGCUUGCAAGGCUCUUGAGUAUCUUAAUUUUAAAGAAGAUUUAUUAGUAAGCUAUAAAAAAAAAUGUGAAUUUGAAGAAAUGUAUGAAUAUAUUGUAAAAAUUAUUUUGAAAUUCAUUAAAGACAAACCUGAAAUAUGGAAGCUUAUGGAUACUCAUUAUGAGGUUAUGUCAAACCUUAUCAAUGGUGGAGUUAAUUCUCUUAUAAAGUAUAUUUUAUUUGGUAAAGAUCAAAUUGGAAACAAUAAUAUUAUUCAAAAUACAACUAAAAAAACAUCCUAUAAUACUUCAAAUCACUUGCAUUUACAUUUACCAAGAACUAAACAAUGGCAAAAAAAUAAAAAUGAAAAUGAAAAUGUUCAAAAUAAUGCAUUAGUAUUAGCAAUCAAAUAUUACACUGAUAAAAAAGACAAAUUAAUUGUAGGCAAUUUAUUAGAAUAUUAUUCCAACAAUGCUAUUGAACAUAUUGGAUGGAUGAUCACU